UUCGCUAAAAUCUCUACCCCAAAAGCCCGCCCGGCCGCCUGCCUGCCUGUCUGCCUGUAUUGUGUCAUUUGUCAGUCCUCCCAUGCGAUGGACUCCCAUCUCAACCCCGCGCUUCGCAUCCGCCGCCGCCGCCUUCAUUUCCCGCCGCAGCCACACCGACCUGACUGCCUCUGAACCCAACAACCACCACGUCUCCGCUUUCCUCGCCGCCCUCGCCGACUUCUCCUCCUCCUCCCGCCGCAGACCCCCCCGCCCCUCGUCCUCCUCCUCCCCCUCAACUCCCAACAGCAGCAGCAGCAACUCGUCCGUCCGCUCCUUGACCGUCCUCCUCGGGCGCCUCCUCCUGCGCUCCCCGGCCCUCCUCGACUCCGCCUACGCCCUCCUCCUCUCCAUGUCCGCCCGGCCCGACCCCGCCGCCCGCCCCGACGCCGUCGCCUUCUCCGCCCUCGUCGCCGCCCUCUGCCGCUUCGGCCGCCUCCACGAGGCCUGGGGCGUCCUCGACCUCAUGCUCGACCUCCGCCUUCGCCCCUCCCUCCCCGCCUACACCUCCCUCCUCCGCCUCUACUGCUCCCGCCGCCAGCUCCCCCAAGCCCAGGCCCUCCUCUCCACCCUCCCAUCCCUCGGCUACCGCCUCGACGUCGUCGCCCACACCGUCUUCCUCGACGGCCUCUGCGCCGCCGGCCGCUUCCGCGACGUCGAGAAGCUUCUCGCGCAGAGCCGCGCCGACGGGCUGCGCCCGACGAUCGAGACGCUCAACAUCCUCUUCGACUGCCUCUGCCGCGAGUCCAAGGUUUCGGAGGCCAAGCGCUUGCUGGAGGGCAGCGACGCGUUGGGCUGGGUCGUCGAUUCUUUCUUCUAUAACACUCUGAUGAGCCGGCUGUUCGACGUCGGCGAGCUCGACGCCGUGUUAGAGCUCUUGGCCUCUAUGUUCAAGAAGGGGAUCCCCCCGGACGCGUGCACCUUCACCGUCGUGAUCCGAACCCUUUGCAAAUCCGGCAAGCUCGCCGAAGCUAGAAAUGUCGUCGAACGCGGUGGUAGUUUCGUCGCCUCCGACGUCGUGAUGUUUAACACCCUGCUUCACGGGUUCUACGCGGCCGGUAAUGUCGAGGAAGUACGACUCGUUUACGAGGAAAUGCUUGGGAAGAGCGUUGUUCCUAACAAUUUCACGUAUUGCAUCGUGAUGGACAGUUUCUGUAGACGGGGAAAGUUUCUUGAGGCUACAAGCUUCCUUCUUGGAUCUUCGGCGGAAGAUGGGUUUUCGCUCGAUCUGGGAGGGGUAUUGCGGAAGCUUGGAUUUCUAUAA